ACUUGGUUUUGUUCUGUCUCCUCCCCACAGGAAAACCAUGGCCGGCUUUCUUCUUUCCCUUUCAUCUUCAUUUCUCCGCCCUCUCAAUCCUCAAAAACCUUCAAAGCCAGCCUUCUCCCAUAAACCCCACAAAGUUUUAACCAUCACCUGCAACUCACAAUCAAAACCCACCAAAACUCAAAGACCCACCUCCAAGAACCGCAAAAGAUCACCAUAUGGGACCUCUAGGAGGUCAAUCCUCAAGAAAACCUUAACUCAGGAGCAGGUCAGGUUCACAAGCAGUGUCUCUGAUGACCCACAUGUGGGGAUUAUUGGUGGAGGGAUGGCAGGGCUUCUUUGUGCUUUGAGCUUGGAGAAGAGAGGGGUCAGGUCCACGGUGUUUGACACGGGGAUGCAUGGUUUGGGAGGAAGAAUGGGAACUAGAGUCAUUGAUCCUCAACAACUAGUAUUUGAUCAUGCAGCUCAAUUCUUUACAGUUAGUGAUUCUAAGUUUGCCAAGUUGGUUGAUGGUUGGUUGGAAAAAGGUUUGAUUCAACAAUGGAAAGGUGUUGUUGGUGUACUUGAAAUGGGUGGACAAUUCACUCAACUUCCUUCGUCACUGCCAAGGUUUAUAGGUGUUGAUGGAAUGCGUCCAUUAGCUGACUCAUUGAUAUCUCAGACUUCUUUGGUUGAUGUUGUGAGACCUUGCUGGAUAAGUAAACUUGAGCCAUUUAAUGGGAUGUGGCACUUAAGUGAGAAUGGAAAGCCCCGUGGACAGUUUGACGUAAUUGUUAUUGCUCACAAUGGAAAAUGUGCAAAUCGCUUGCUUGCUUCUUCAGGCUUACCCCUAGUUGCUAGACAAAUGAAGAGGCUAGAAUUGAGUUCUAUAUGGGCACUCCUGGCAGCAUUUGAAGAUCCACUUCCUCUCAGAGAUGGUGCAGUAACGUUUGAAGGAGCCUUUGUCAAGGGAUUUGAUUCCGUCUCUUGGAUGGCAAACAACACAAUGAAGCUCUUGGGUUCUCGAAGCAACGGUGCUCACUGUUGGACCUUUUUCAGCACUGCAGCCUAUGGAAAGAGGAACAAAGUUCCACAGGAAAACAUUCCUACUGCAACAGCAGAGAAGGUAAAAGCAAGCAUGCUUCAGGGUGUUGAAGCUGCUCUUGGACUGUCAAAAGGAUCGCUUCCAAAACCUGUUUAUACACGAGUCCAGCUAUGGGGUGCAGCUCUUCCAACUAACACUCCAGGUAUCCCAUGUAUCUUUGAUCCUCAUGGGAGGGCUGGCAUCUGUGGUGACUGGCUAUUGGGAUCAAAUUUAGAAUCAGCAGCAUUAAGCGGCAUGGCUCUUGCUGAUCAUAUUGCAGAUUACUUGCAGACUGGUGUAGCUUCUCCUGACAACUUUGCUGUCGGUUUAGAAAAAGAAUUCCAGCCAAUUUCCGGACAUGAUAUCGGUCAAUUUCCAGGCUUGGAGUCCUCUCCCCAACACACCCUAAUACUAGAAAAAGGAUAUCAAUUAGUAACUUAGAAGUAUAGUUUUUGAGAUCUUGUUUCACAAUCCAAACCGAAAUAUAUAAACCAUUAAAUAAGAGAUAGUCUAGGGACUGUUUGAAUUAGGUUUUUGGAUACAUUUGAUAAUUGACUGAUAAUAAUUUUUUGUUUAUAAU